UUUGUUUACCCGGAAGUAGGGUUUACAGGUAAACAGCCAUGCGGUCCCUGAACUACGUUCAACGCGUCAGUCUGGACUUCACAGGGACUCUGUUUCCUCAUGCCAUCUGUCUGGGAGAUGCAGACAACGACUCUUUGAACGAGCUGGUCGUAGGUGACACCAACGGGAAGCUUCUUGUGUACAAGAAUGACGACUCCAAACCCUGGGUCACCAGAACCUGUGUGGGCAUGCUGACUUGUGUUGCGGUCGGAGAUGUCUGCAACAAAGGAAAGAACUUUGUGGUAGCUGUUGGAGCGGAGGGCUGGUUUCACCUCUUUGACUUGACAGCUGCCACCGCAAGUAAAGCAGAUUCAUCCAGUCAGCAUGAAUUCAUGUCCUCAGAUGACCAGAAGCCCCUCUUCACCCAACAUAUUCCUGCCAACACCAAAGUCAUCCUCAUCAGUGAUAUCGACGGUGACGGCCGCAGUGAGCUGGUGGUCGGCUACACGGACCGAGUGGUGCGAGCUUUCCGCUGGGAGGAGCCGUCUGACGGUUCGGAGCUCGGAUCCGGACAGCUGGUUCUGCUGAAGAAAUGGCUUCUGGAGGGGCAGGUGGACAGUCUGUCAGUGAACCCGGGUCCAGAGGGUUUACCAGAGCUGAUGGUGUCUCAGCCGGGCUGCGGCUACGCCAUCCUGCUCUGUUCCUGGACUCAACAGGACUCCAACGGCUCCGGAGAAGAAGCCCCCGCCACCCCUGGGAGUGAGGGACCUUCCAGAGAUGUAGUUCUCCAUCUGACCACCGGGCGGAUACACAACAAGAAUGUUUCCACUCAUCUUAUCGGCAGCAUCAGUAAAGGCUCUAAAGAGGAAUCUUCUAAAUGUGGGCUGUUUGCUCUCUGUACUUUAGAUGGUACGCUGAAGUUGAUGGACAGCUCGGAGCAGCUGUUGUGGUCGGUGCAGGUGGAUCAUCAGCUGUUUGCGCUGCAGAAGCUCGACGUUACUGGUGACGGCAGAGAGGAGGUGGUGGCGUGCGCCUGGGAUGGUCAAACCUACAUCAUCGACCACAACCGGACGGUCGUGCGGUUCCAGUUCGAUGAGAACGUCAACGCCUUCUGUGCAGGGCAGUACACGUGUAAGGAGGGUAAGAACAGCCCCUGUCUGGUCUACGUCAGCUUCAAUCACAAAAUCUACAUCUACUGGAAGGUGGAGCUGGAGCGCAUGGAGUCCACCAACAUGUUACGGGUCCUGGAGGAGAAACCAGAGUUCACCAGCCGCCUGAAGGUGCUGGGAGUCGAUACAGACGACCCAGCAGCAGUGAGAGCUCUGGUGGCCAACGUUCUCUACAAGGACUCACAGACUUAGCACACACACAUCUACACACCACACCACACCACCACCACCCCGACUGUAAAUACUCUUUAAAUAAACACCUGAAUGUCUGUCUCCUGCUGGUCUUGUUAUUGGAGUUCCCUGCAGACAGACGCAUCAGGUUCAGAUGUCAAAUGUGUUCGCUGCUGGCUGCUCUUCUCUCUGGAAGAUGAAAGCAUGAGGCACAA